UAAUGCAAGAACGCAAACUUUGGUUUUCAAUGAGUCCAACUCAGCACAAAUCUCUGAGAACCAAACAAUAUAUAAAUCGUUUGGAAUCUAUCCAAAUAAUCACGUUCUCCCGAAAAGCCAUUCUUGCUUGACCAGAAAAAAAACAAGAAAAAAAUGAGUCUGUUAGAUCUGGAAAAGCACUUCGCCUUCUAUGGUUCUUAUCACAGCAACCCAAUCAACAUUAUAAUCCACGUAUUCCUUGUUUGGCCUAUCCUCUUCACCGCUCUUCUUUUACUCUACUUUACUCCUCCUAUUUUCACUCCUUCCCAAACACUCAUUAACUUUAUUCCUUCUGUCUUGGUUUUCAACUUCGGUUUCUUCUAUGCUGUUUUCUAUGCUCUCUUCUAUGUUGCUUUGGAUGUUAAAGCUGGUUCCUUCGUUGGUUUUCUUACUUUAAUUUGUUGGGCUGCUUCGAGUUUUGUUGCGAAUUCCAUCGGCUUCGCACUCGCUUGGAAGGCUGUGUUGGGUGCUCAGUUGAUUUGUUGGUCGGGACAGAUUUUUGGACAUCUUGUGUUUGAGAAACGUGCACCAGCUUUUUUGGAUAAUCUUUCUCAAGCUUUUCUAAUGGCUCCUUUCUUUGUGAUUCUUGAGAUUCUCCAAACUACCAUUGGAUAUGAACCAUAUCCUGGAUUUGAGAAAGAGGUGAAGGCAAGGAUAGAUCUUAACAUCAAAGAAUGGAAGGACAAGCAGCAAAAGAAAGUUACUUAACUUGAAAAAGUAUUUGCCGGUGAUAGAUAAGAUUAAUGUUGUCGAUGUAUUUGGGAAUGAGAUUAUUGAAUUUGUUGUGAUAUUGUUGGAUUUUUGUUGAUUUAUAUUUGGGAUUGAGAUUAUUGAAUUUAUUGAGAUAUCCCUUACCCUUUGUUUUUCUUUUCUGAGAGAAAAUUAAUGAAGGGAAUAUAUUAUCUUCUUGUACUCCUGUGUUGCAGUGAGAGAAUAAGGAAGGAGAGAAAUUAAUUGACGCGCGGCGGGACAUUAAAGGUUUGUGAUACCAUCAUUCAUUGAAAAGCAUGAAUAGAGGGACAAUUAAUAUGGUGUCCGACAUUUGCAUUCAAGGUCUCUUCAUUUUCUUUUAAAUUUAUUAAAGAUGGCAAGGCUUUCAAAAUCUCAUCUUUUAAUUUACUGAUCUCGUGUUUCCAUAUUUCUUGAUUUAUCUCAAUUUCAUCCUUAAUUUUAGUAUGAAUGUGAUAAAUAGUGUUAAACAAACUUAAUCAAUAGAAUACGAUUAAUGUUGAUGUAUUACUUGGGAAUAGUCUUGGAAAUUGUUGGUUUGUUUUUGGAAAUUGUUGAUUUAUGUUUGGGAAUGAUGUUAUCAAUUUCUUGUGUUAUCUUUAAAGCACUGAUAUCUCUUAGUUAUAUCUGAAUUGAUAGAAAGGGAUCAAAUAAAAUGGCCUUGGCAUCAUGAGAAUGAUGUUAGGUUUUAUGAAAAAUGAGUGGAAUGAAAUGAAAUGUGAUAAUAGAAUGAAAUAAGUUAAUAUUUAAUCCGUUCAUUUUUAAGUGUCGUAAAUUUUUUUGUUUUCAUUUAAGUGUUACUUUUGUUUUUAUAGUUUAAUGUUAUAAUUUGUUAAUUAUACUUUUAUUUUAUCAAUAACUCUACUUCACAUUUUCCAUAAAAUUAAUUAUUUUUUCAAUCUACUAUAAAGCUAAUACUAUAAGAUUGACCAAACUUUCAAUUAUGCCCUUUCUUUUAAAAUAAGAUAUACUACCAUUUGGACAUUUUAGUAAUUAGCUAAAUAAGUCUUCACCUUUCAAUCAUCAUUGAACACUUAGGCAACCUCAAUUCUUUUUCUCCCCAACACACAUCUUCUCUCUCUUAUUUCAAAUUUCAAAUUUCUUUCACAUUUCAUUUUCCCACACUUUCUUACUUUCAUUUUAAUUUUUCCCCAUUUACUUAUUAUCACAAAAAAUAUUAAUAACCUAUUUUUUUAAUUUUAAUAAAAUUAAAUAUUUAUUUAUCUCACGGGUCACUAUCAACAAAAUAUUUAAUUUAUUU